AUGUCUAAACAAAAAAAAGAGAUCGCUAAUGGUAUCAGAUUGGAAAAUGCUUCCUGGAGAACCUGGGCAAAACAGAAAUAUCAUUUGAGAACCGUUAAUCCUGAAAAAAUCAAUUGGCUUAAAGAUAACGAUGUUACAUGGUUGUACGGUCCUUUUCACACCGAAGAUGAAUUCCAUUUAAUGAAAGCCUCAUCGCAACCAUUACCACCAUUAUCAAAUUCUAACAAUACCGAUUACGUUAAUUACGUUAACGAUAUACAUUCUUCACCUACAUCACUCGUAUCACCUGCUUUAUCUAUAUCUUCUGAUCCAUGUACCAAUUCUUCGACAUCAUCACCUCAAAUGUUCACAUCAACUGAUUGUGAAACUGCAUCAACUUGUUCUACAAUAUCGGCUCCAACUACUCCUAUAGCUGGUCCAACUAAAUCAAUACUAUUACCAAUUGAACGUGAAAGUAAUCAACAUAAUCAUCAUAUUAGAUUUAAUGACCAAAAAAUUAUGAAAAAGAAAAAGGAUUGUUUUACAAUAUGUAAAAUUGCUCCUACAAAAUUAAAACCCGGCACAAUACAACCAAUUCCUUUUUGUUGUUCACAAUCACCACCAAGAAUAAUAUCUUCAACGUCAUCUUCUAAAAAUAUUAAUGAUAUAACACAAUCAGAAGAUCAAGAGGAAGAGGAAGAGGAAGAUAAUGGAUUAGUUGAUAAAGCUGUUAAUAUAGCAACUAGCGUCAGAGUGAUUGUACAAUGGUGUUCUAUUAUGGUUUUCAAUAGAUGA